AUGGUUCAGGUACGUCACCAGGUCCUGGUGCUGAUAGUUUCCUGUCAUGGCGAUAAUUGGAGUGUCCAUAUCAAAGGAUCUGAUCACAGAGGUGGCAGAUGCUCCAUCGAGGUUGGGCAUGACAAUGUCCAUCAAAACGAGGUCGAACUUCACUUUUUCGAGCACGUUGAUCGCAGCCAGUCCGUCAGUGACAACCUCCACUGUGCAUCCGUACUUCAUGAGGAACUUGCUGCACAGUUGGAUACAAACAUCGUCGUCCUCCACCAGAAGAACAUGCAUACCGGAUCCCGGUGGCCUUCGGACAAUUCUGUUGUCUUGUUGUGGCUGUUGUUGCUGCGGUUGUGGCACUUUGGAUGCUUCUGGAGGGGAGAUGAACUGAUGAGAAUCCUGGGCUGGCUCAACGGACGUUUGAACAGGUCCGUUGGCAUGAGGGUUCUGUGUCUGAGAUUGUUGGUCGGCAAAGGGGAGGUUCAAAGGAGGCAGGUCAACUCCUAUUUGACUCAACGACUUGGCAAUGAUACUGAUCGACCUGGAAUACGACUCGUUUAUAGACUUGGAGGUGAGGAAACUCGAAACCAUGGUGUUGUACUUUGUGUUCAAUAUGUUGAGGUCAUCGUGCAGCUUCUGCACGGUCUCGGUAAGCGACUGGUUCUGCUUCUCAAGAAACCCGAAAUUGUCCUGUAA